AUGGCCGGCCUGACCGCCGGCAUCUACGCCGCCCGUCACGGCCUCAGCACCGCCAUCGUCGAGCAGAUGAUGGCCGGCGCCCAGAUCAUCAACCUGGAGCGCAUCGAGAACUUCCCCGGUUUCCCCCAGGGCAUCGCCGGCUACGAAUUGGGACCCGCAACGCAGGAACAGGCGAUGAACGCCGGCGUUGAGAUGCUGAUGGACACCGUAGCCAGCGUGUCCUCGGACGGGGACCACCUGCGCGUCGCCGGCGAGGGCGGCGGCUCCUAUCUCGGCAAGGCCGUGAUCAUGGCGGCCGGCUCCACCCUGCGCACCCUGGGCAUCCCCGGAGAGGAGGAGUACCUCGGCCGUGGUGUCUCUCAUUGCGCCUCCUGCGACGGCCCGCUCUACAUGGGGCAGACCGUUGCCGUAGUGGGCGGCGGCGACUCGGCGGCGGACGAGGCCCUGACGUUGACCGAGUACACGGAACGCGUCAUCCUCUUCCACCGGGGCGACAGCCUGGAUGCCCAGCAGGCGCUCCAGGACCGCCUGGCCGGCCAACCGAAGGUCGAAGUUCGUUACAACGCGGAGGUCGUCGAGGUGGUCGGCGAGGAUACCGUCACCGGGGUACGGGUUCGUAGCGCGGACGGCGAGAACGUUGAGCCCGUGGGCGGCCUGUUCGUCUAUGUCGGGCUGGAGCCCAACUCGUCGGCGGUGUCGGACCUGGUUACGCUGGACAAUGCCGGCCACAUCCCGGUGGGUCUUUCCAUGGAAACGCCCCAACCCGGACUGUUUGCCGCCGGUGACAUCCGCCAGCAGUCGGCCGCGCAGCUGGUCGCCUCGGCCGGUGACGGGGCCACCGCCGCCAUCGCCGCGCACCGUUACAUUCGCUCCCGGGAUUGGUGA